AUGAGAGAAGUAAUUAGCAUUCACGUGGGUCAAGCUGGUAUUCAAAUUGGAAACGCAUGCUGGGAACUGUUUUGCUUAGAACAUGGAAUUCAACCAGAUGGACAGAUGCCAAGUGAUCAAGUGGUGGCCGGUGGAGAUGAUGCAUUCAACACCUUCUUUUCAGAGACUGGAGCUGGGAAGCAUGUGCCUCGAUGUGUAUUUGUUGACUUAGAACCCACAGUGGUAGAUGAAGUACGAACGGGAACAUAUCGUCAGCUGUUUCACCCUGAACAGUUAAUUUCUGGAAAAGAAGAUGCAGCUAAUAAUUUUGCAAGAGGACAUUAUACAAUCGGGAAGGAGAUAGUAGAUAUUUGUUUAGAUCGAGUACGUAAAUUAGCAGAUAACUGUACAGGAUUACAAGGAUUUUUAAUGUUCAAUGCUGUAGGUGGUGGUACAGGUAGUGGUCUUGGAUGUUUGUUGUUGGAAAGGCUAGCCAUUGAUUAUGGAAAAAAAUCUAAAUUGAAUUUUUGUUCUUGGCCAUCUCCUCAAGUAUCAACAGCUGUUGUAGAACCUUAUAACUCAGUUUUGUCAACCCAUUCGUUAUUAGAACAUACAGAUGUAGCUAUUAUGUUAGACAAUGAAGCUAUAUAUGAUAUAUGUAAAAAGAAUUUGGAUAUUGAAAGACCAACAUAUACAAAUUUAAAUAGAUUAAUAGCACAGGUGAUUUCUUCUUUAACAGCAUCUCUACGAUUUGAUGGUGCAUUAAAUGUGGACGUAACAGAAUUUCAAACAAAUUUAGUUCCAUAUCCACGUAUUCAUUUUAUGUUAUCUUCUUAUGCACCUAUUAUUAGUGCAGAGAAGGCAUAUCAUGAACAAUUAUCAGUUUCAGAAAUUACCAACUCUGCCUUUGAACCUGCAUCUAUGAUGGCAAAGUGUGAUCCACGCCAUGGAAAAUAUAUGGCUUGUUGCUUAAUGUAUAGAGGAGAUGUAGUACCUAAGGAUGUGAACGCAGCUGUUGCCACUAUUAAAACGAAAAGAUCCAUUCAAUUUGUUGAUUGGUGUCCAACAGGAUUCAAAUGUGGAAUUAAUUAUCAACCACCUACUGUUGUUCCCGGGGGAGAUUUGGCAAAGGUUAUGAGAGCCGUCUGUAUGAUAAGUAACUCCACUGCAAUUGCUGAAGUGUUUUCAAGAAUGGAUCAGAAAUUUGAUUUAAUGUAUGCAAAGAGGGCUUUUGUUCAUUGGUAUGUAGGAGAAGGCAUGGAAGAGGGUGAAUUUAGUGAGGCCAGAGAAGACUUGGCUGCUUUGGAGAAAGACUAUGAGGAAGUUGGCAUUGAAUCUAAUGAGGGAGAAGGAGAAGACGAGGGAUAUGAAUGA